AUGAAGCGAAAAAUAAACCUUUUUUUCAUACUCUACCUAGCUCAACAAUGUAACGGAUUUGUGUACGAAUUGAACGAUACACAAUACUACAGCAUGCCACCAAUUUUCAAAAUGGAUCUAUACGAAAAAUGCCUGUUGAAACCAAACGGAAUUUACUGUCAUGUACCUUUUGUUCUGGUGUCGGAUGCGCAGAGUGACUUACUUGACAUGAUAAAGGCAUAUUCUAGUCACUACGUCACUCAUUUCAAUCAUACGAAAUUGCGACACGGUAUUUGCGUAUCCGAGCGCUGUCCGCAAAUACGACACGAUAUUAACAUACAGGACCAAAAGUCAACCCUUGAAGCAUGCCUCAACGAAACAUACUGGAACACUUACAGAUUAAAAACGAGAAUAAUCGAACCGUUAUCAUGCAAUACAGAUAGUGCAAGCAAAUUAACAGUAGGUGAAAUAUUGGCGGCGCUACUGUUCCUUGCUGUAGUAUUUCUAAAUGUCGCGGGAGCUUUCUGCGAUAUGUUUACAAUAGAAUCUGAUAAUGCAUUGCUCAAGUGUUUCUCUAUAAAACGUCAUUUAGGAAGAUUGUUUACGACCUACCAAAGAGAUGGUGACGAGGAGAGAUUAAAAUGCUUGGAUGGAUUGAGGAAUGUUGAAAUAACCAGACUUUACCCAAAGAUUAUCUUUCAAUGGCUAUUAAGUGAAACUGCUAAUAUAUCAUUGCAGGCGUAUGAAAAUAUCUUGAAUUAUAUAUUUUUAAAUGGCACCCUGCUUGUCCAAGUAUUUUUCAUCAUGGCCGGUGUGCUGUUGGCUUAUAAAAUAGAGGAUUUGAGGGCGCAAGGCAAAGUUACUUGGAAAUUGAUACCAUUGGGUAUCUUGCAGUUACUUAUAAGAGUUAUACCUUCAUACGGUUUCGUUCUUCUUUACACUUCUACUUGGAUUAAGUACCUGGGAUCCGGACCUUUAUGGCAGGCUAAUGUUGUAUUUGAAGCAGACACUUGCAGCUCUUACUGGUGGGCACAUCUUCUGUUUGUCAACAACUACUUUGACGGAAGCAUUUGUAUGUUGCAGACAUGGUUUCUUGCAUCGUACGUGCAGUUAAUGGUAUUUGGUUUCUUCAUUUGUGUCUUGGCUAGAAGCACAUCAGCCAAGAUUUGGACAUUAAGCAUUCUGCUUAUUUUGGGCUCGAUAGCACCAGCUGCGCACACGUUUUACCACAAUCUCGAUCCGGUGCUUAUGGUAGCUCCAGAAUUGCCAUUCGUUUACAAUGACUUCCAAACUUUUAACCAUGUCUACAAGAAAGGUCAUACGAACACACCAUGUUUCAUAAUGGGGAUUGCUUUGGGAUACUAUAUUCAUUAUUGUCUGAAGCAUAAAGUGAAUUUGAAGAAAUUUGAGAGAUACCAAACAUUAUUCAACUUGCCUGUGCCAAUCAACGUUACGAUGAUGUGCAUUGGAUUUCUAUUCAAGGACAAAAGCACGCCUUUUUACAUCAACGUACUGUAUGCUGGAUUAAUGAAACCUAUAUAUGGCGUCUGUGUGUGUUCUUUGAUUUUUGGAGCAGUUUUUAAAAUGGAACAUUACUUUCGAACUCUCCUAGAAUUGGACAUAUGGCGAGUUCCAGCAAAAUUAUCUUACAUAGCAUACAUCUUACAUAUGUUUAUUAUCAGAAUAAUGGUUGGUUCGGAGACAUCGCUUCACACUGUUAAUAUACUGAGCUUGUUCCAAAUCGGCUUCGGUAUGUGCGUCCUCGUCUACCUAAUGUCAGUUCUAUUUUGGGUUUUAAUUGAAGGACCAAUCAAUGAAUUAAUUAAUAAUGCUUUGAGUAAGGAAAGAAUAAAAACACAAAUGACUUCGGUGGAUAUAAAUAACAAGAAAGCGGAGUGA